AUGAGAGCAACAAGUCCAGGUAACGUUCCAAAUUCUGAACUGGCAGCCGAGUACUUCUGCCAACGUAGUGAAAUCCCAGACCCUUUGCUUAGUACCGAUAUUACUUCCAUCCCCAAAAAAGCUGACGGUUAUGAUAAUGCUCUAGGUAUUUGGAGUCAAGAACAAGUUGAAGCAUGGAAACCAGUUUUCAAGAGAGUUCAUGGAAACCAGUCCUAUGUGUUUAUGCAACUAUGGACCCUAGGCAGACAAUCUGAAUCUGACACUCUAGCUAGAGAUGACUUACCAUAUGUUUCUGCCUCCGAUAACAUUUAUAUUGGCAGCUCCUUCGAAGAAAUUUCAAAGAAGGCUAAUAAUCCUCAACGUGCCCUGACAAUCCCUGAAAUAAAACAAUACAUCAAGGAUUUCAAAGUUGCAGCAAGAAACGCCAUUGAAGCAGGUGCAGAUGGUGUUGAGGUACACAGUGCCUUUGGGUAUUUAUUGAUCCAAUUCUUGGACCCUAAAUCAAACCAGAGAAAUGAUGAAUAUGGCGGUUCCAUAGAAAAUAGGGCUCGUUUUGUUCUAGAAGCUGUCGACGCUGUUAUUGAAGAGGUCAGUGCCGAAAAGGUUGGUAUUAGAUUUACACCUUGGGGUGUCUAUGGUGGCAUGUCUGGUGGUCAUGAUCCAACUUUAUUGGCUCAAUUUGCUUAUGUGGUCGGUGAAUUGGAAAAGAGAGCAAGAUCAGGUAAAAAAAUGGCUUAUAUUCACCUUUCUGAACCUCGUGUAACUAACCCAUUUUUGACUGAAGGUGAAGGUGAGUAUAAAGAAGGCUCCAACAAUUUCGCUUAUUCUAUAUGGAAAGGUCCUAUCAUCAGAGCAGGUAACUUGGCGUUACAUCCAAAUGAUGUUAAACAGUUAGUUAAUGGUGAUGAUAGAACCUUAGUUGCUUUCGGAAGAUAUGGGAUAGCUAAUCCCGAUCUACCAUGCCGUUUGGCCGAGGGUCUUCCAUUAAAUGUUUAUGACAGAAAUACAUUUUACGGCCAAACUAGUAAGAGGUACACUGACUAUCCAACUUACGAUGAAGCAGUCGAGCUAAAGUGGAAUUAA